AGACCACCCUAUUCUUACAUGGUAUUGAUACAGUUAGCUUUAAGUAGUGCUGAAGAUCAUAAGAUGACAUUGAAAGAAAUCUGUAAAUGGAUUGAAGAUAAUUUUGAAUAUUUUAGAUCUGUAGCUAAACCUGGUUGGCGGAAUUCCAUUCGUCACAAUUUAUCAUUCUAUCAUUGUUUUGUUCGUGAUUUAUCUAAUAAUAAAAAACAUGGUUCAAAAUGGAUGUUACAGUUUGAUCCUGAUGACUUU